AUGAAGAUGUUCUAUUGGAAGCUAGCUAAUGGUGCUCUUGCCACCAGAGUAAACCUUAGAAAAAGGAAAAUUCUAAGCGAGACUCCUUGUCCUUUCUGUGGAGAUGAGGAGGAGUCGAAUACUCACUUAUUCAAAGAUUGUGAAGUUACUAUGAGAAUCUGGAAAAGUUCAAACCUAGGGAUAAACUCAAAGAACCCUGCCAAUAUGGACAUCUCACAGUGGACUAAGAAUUGGCUAUGGUUUCUUAUGCAGGACGAUAGUAACCUAGAAGGUCAAGCAAUAGAGUUUUUAGGAACGUUAUGGAGCAUUUGGCUGCUAAGAAACAAAAGAAUUUUCAACACCAGCUAUCACUUGAAUCCUUCUGAUACGUUUGAGAUCACUAGGAAUUGGCUUAAAAGAUGGCAGGAUAGUUCUGGCAAUUUGAUUUUGAACGUGAGUCCUAAAAAAGACACAAUGGGGGACUUGUGA